AUGAAUUCAGAUUCAAUUACUUCACACAAUUCCACUUCAUAUUCCACCAUAGAUUCAAGUUUAAAUUCAAAUACCGAUAACACUACUACUCCGUCAACUUACGGAUCAUCAUCUUCAUCAUCGUCAUCUUUAUCAUCAGGAGAGGAAGAUUUAGAUAAUAAAUCUAAAAAUAGAAGUCAUUUAAGACAAUUACCACAAGAACAAUUACCACAUUUGAAUUUAGAAAAGUAUGCAAAUUUAAAUCCCUCAAUUAAUGCAAAUACAUUAAGUCAUUCUUUGUCUCAUUCAUCAUCAUCUAUUUCACCUUCACCAUCACCACCAAAAUCAAAUGACUUAUCAAACAGUCAUGUAAUUACGUAUAUUGGUAGAAUAUACUCAAUACUAGAUGCAUUAUUAUUAAUCGAAGCAUGUAGAUUAAAAAUGAUACCAAUAAUUAAUAGAAGAUUAACCAUACUAGAGAGAUCAAAAUUUAUAAAACCCAAUACAAUUUUCAUAUGGAAUGAAACAUCUUGUGGAAUGAAAAGAUGGACAGAUGGUAAAAUUUGGUCAGCAUCAAAAGUCUAUAAUGGAAAUUUUCUACAGUAUAAAGAAUUAAAUAAAUUUACCAAAAAGGAAGAAAAUAAUGGAUUAAUAAAACAAUCGUUUUCGUUAACUACAAAGACAAAUCAAAGAUAUCAUUUAAUCUCAUAUUUUAAAAACUCAUAUCAAGGUGAUAAUUUAAUGAAUAAUAAUCAAAGCUUAGAUUUUCUGGAAAAUUUAAAUUUGGUGAAUAUACCUUCACAUGAUACAAGAUUAAAAAAUUUGAAAUUGUCAGAUAAAAUUUAUUCUGAUCAUUCUUUACAUACUUUAAUCAAUUCAAAUCUUACUACUAAUUUACCAUUGAGUGAGAAACCAAAGUUACCCCAACAAUCAUACCACCAUCAACAUGUUCAUCAACACAAUAGUAUCCCGCUACCUCCUCAACAACCUCAUCAUCAUUCCCAACCGCAUCAUAAUAACAAUUCACUAUCUAAUUAUAAUUUACCUUUGCAUAAAUAUUUCAAUUCAAAUGAGUUUCAUUCAAACAAUCUAAAAUCUGAAAAUUUAAAUAAUACCCAUAAAAUUAAUGAAAAUAAUUUACGAGCUAAUAUAAAUCAGCAAAUUAAUGCAUCCUAUAACAACAAUAGCAUUCAUACAAACGAAGAGAAUCAAAAUAAACAUUUCAACAAUCACCAGUUUCAUUUCAAUCCAACCCAUCAACAAUCUCAAUCAGAUUCACAAUUAAAUCAUGAAUCAAUAUAUCAAGAAAAUAGAAACACAACUCAAAAUCGAGGAAGUUCACAAUCAUCAUUAUCUUCAAGUAGUCAAAGUGGUUACAGCAGUGCACCACAAAUAGAUCAGCCACCUAAACAUUCAAAAUUCCCAGAAAAUCAUCAUCAACAUCAUCAUCACCACCAUCACCAUUAUCAUCAACUAAAAGAUCUUGACCUUGGAUCCGAAGAAGAUCAUGACCAUCACAAAAGACAUCAUCAUAAUCAUAUGAGACAACAUCUGAAUUCUCAUUUUGAUUCUCAAGUUAUUGAUUUAUUGAAUAAAGGUUGGUUGAAGUAA